UUGAAUUCUUUAUUAUAAGAAUUGAAAUCAUCAACAUGUGAUAAACCUUUGACUUGACUUUAUAAAAAAUAAUUAAAGUUGCUUUCACAACACAGAAAUGUCUGCUUCCACAACAAAAAGCUUCUUCACUACACUUCUACAUUUACCAAACCCUUUAAAUACCCCAAAAAAAAACCUUUACACUUGCAAUUCAUUCUUCUCUCUUCAAUCUCAAGGAGUAAUUGCAACCAAUUUCCAUUGUAGCCAUGGCUGAUUCCAUUCUAGAACUUGCUGCUGAGGCAGCUUCAAGUACUCUGUUCAUCUUCUGCUUCUUCAAUUUGAUCAUACUCGUGAUUUUGUUCACCUCAAGACCAGUCACCUCCAGUUUUGAUCAACAAAAUGAUGAUAAUGAUAUGCCACUUUCAAUUGUCAUUCAUAGCAAAACAAACACAACAGAGCAAAAUUUAAUGCUUCAGAAUGAUCCCAUAGUUGGUGUGUGUGAAGUGAUAGAGAGCCAAAAUGAAACAGAAAGAUGCGUAAAUUUCAAUUGCAAUGCUGAUGUUGAACAGAGUGAUGAUGAUAACGAGGACGAUUAUGAAAAUGAAGAUGAAGAUGAAGAUUUCAGACAAAGAGUGGAAGAAUUUAUUGAAAAGGUCAACAGAGGGUGGAGAGAAGAAAGGCUAAGAACCUUUGGACGAGUCGAAUAGUUGGCCAGCUCGAACCGAUUGAUUUGAGUUCAUGGAAUUAUUGAUUGAACAUACUUCGUCGAAGCUAAACAGGAAUCUCCAUCAAUUUU